ACUUUGAGGAGUCGCUGUAAUCGCUGUGACGUCAUGGCCUGAGAAGCUGAACUUGUCGUAUAUAUAAACGCCGCAUCUCAAUACGUUGUUAUAAUUUCUCUUCUGUAGUAUCUUACGGAGGAUACAAAAAGAUCUUUUUUACGAUGAUAUUUACUCAGUUAAUAAUCCUAAUAGUUUUUCCGCUGUCAUCCAGUGGUGGAAAAUGGACAUACAAUGGGCCUGAUGGCGAGGCCCACUGGUCGAAGCACUACCCAUACUGCGGAGGGGCAUUUCAGUCUCCCAUUGACUUCCAGCCAGAGCUGCUGCGAUAUGACCCAGACCUGCUCCCCAUCCAGGUCUAUAACUACAACUUGUCUAGCAAUGAGCAACUCACUCUCAGCAACAAUGGACACUCAGUGCAGCUGUCUCUGCCAUCACACAUGCAUCUCUCCAGCCUGCGUCACCUCUACACAGCAGCUCAGCUUCACUUGCACUGGGGCUCCCCAGACAUACUGGCUGGAUCUGAACACACUGUCAAUGGCAGGCAGUUUGCUGCUGAGAUGCAUGUGGUGCAUUUCAAUUCUGGCAAGUAUCCCAACAUCUCCAUAGCAGCAGACAAGUCUGAUGGUCUUGCUGUGCUGGGUGUUUUCAUUGAGGUUGGAGAAUUUAAUCCUGCUUUUGACCGAUUCCUCAAAUUUGUUAAAGGCAUUAGAUAUAGAGACCAGAAGGUGCAGGUUCCAGCCUUUAACAUCCAGGAUUUGCUGCCUGCUCAACUGGACCGGUAUUAUCGUUAUGAUGGCUCUCUUACUACCCCACCCUGCUACCCCAGUGUGCUGUGGACGGUGUUCAGUAUGCCUGUCACCAUCUCUCUCAAACAGUACAAGGCUUUAGCCACUGGACUGUUCUCCUCUCAGGCUCAGGAGUUUGACCCAGUACCUCUGCUUGGGAACUAUCGUAAACCCCAGCUAACAGACAAUAGAGUGGUUCUGGUGUCCUUCCAGGAGGUCGGGGGACAGCAUGGUAGUCUUUUAGUGGCAUCUCCCAUGCAAAGGAGGCUGAUCAUCCAGCAGCUGCUGAUGGGAGACGUUGCAGACGUGAUGGAUGAAGGAGUCAACCAUCUUUUGCCACAGCUUGCACAAAAGCGAUGGGCAGCUAAAAAGUGGAAGAACAAUCACAGGCACCCACACUGGAGUCAAGUCACUGAGAAAAAGCAGAACAACCAGGUGUCAGGAACACCUGGAAAAACUCUAGUCUGGAAGAACACACACAUAAGCCCCUUUUGGGGAAAGCAUGGUAUAAAUGAGGAUUCGCUGUCUUAUAUAUACCUAGAAAAAAAUGUAACACUUCAGCUGAGUAGACAUCAUACAGAUAUUCAGGUGGUCAAAGCUUUGCGAAAAGCAGUCUUUCCUCAGCUAAAUCUGCAGAGCUACUUAAACUGCAAAUCUGACUUGGACCUGCAGACCAUCAGAUGCCUUCUCCGUACACGACUCACAGAUGAGUCAACUGAACUGGAACAAGCCCUUACCAUAGCCACCCUGAGGCAAAAGCAGAAGCCCAUGGCUGAGUACCAUGGCUCUGCACUGACCAAGCUAACAGGGCAGGCCCCAGUGACCAUCCCUAAAAAUGCCCACAGCAUGGCUCCAGCAAACCUCAGAGAGCAGCCCACAGAGUUGGAGGAUUAGAACCCCACUGAAGCCAUAAACACAGCUUGCACACCGCAUUACAGUAGUUAUCCAACUAUUGUGCAGGCCCAGAAUGUUCAAUUCAGCUAUAUUAAGCAUUACAAGUUCUUAUCUUAAUCUAUGUAGAAAUAAUUGUGGUUCUUUUGUCAUGCAAUUGUUCAUGGGCUUAAAAAGCAUGUUUUGAUUUAAUUUCAUUUUUCAGCAGUUGGAGAUUUGUUCUUUUAUUAUUAUUUAUUCUCUUCUACCUUAUUCUUAUUAAAAAAUUAUUUUAGAAAAGUCCAAUUUAGUUUUAGAAAAGUCUAAGUCUUACCAAAAUGCCAAAGCCAGUUGUUUCAGUUUAUUAGAAAAGGUUUCAGUCUGGGUCACAUACAUUACAAAGUAAAUCAAUUUCAUGGAAUAUGGAAAAGGACCAUUAAAGAUGGGGGGGGGGGGGGGGGAAUGUGUUUUAAGCAUUUUAACAUUGUGUGUGUGGUUGCUUUUGGAUGUGAGUUUUGACCAAAGGGAAAGCUCUAAAGAGUAUUUAUGGAUUGACAUGGUGUGUGUGUGUGGUGUGUUUGUUUGUUUUUUGUUUUGUUUUUUAAAUAUAUAUAAAGUCUCUUGGACUGUAGAAUAAAAGCAUUACAUAAAGUGCAUAAAUUCCAGUAGUGUUGCUUUUGGAACACAUGGUUUAUUCUGAAUGCUUUGUCAGUAAUCUCACUGCUAAUAAGUGAGUGUCUUUUGUGAAUGUAAUAAACCCACUGAGUUAUUGUUA